AUGUCUUCACUGAAUAUUCUUCCACGAGAUGAUGAGGAGCACUCUCCCGGUCUUAGCCAGAAGAUCAAGAUCCCAAAGAAACGAUACUCCUAUGCUGAUCCUCUGGAACGAAUGGAUACCCCAGUGUUUGACAAAAGUAAAACGAAUCAAGUGAAGAAAGGCCCAUCGUCUGCGGCUACAGUUCUGACUAUGGCGGGCAUGUUCGUCGUUGGAAUUCUUCUGAUGAUGAGUGGAACAAUUGUGUUGAUAGCGCAUACCGAAACGCCGUUCAUCAUCGCCGGCUGUCUGUUUAUGGGUGUCGGCUUUGCAAUGCUGCUCGUAUGUGGUAUUCUACAACGAAAGAAUGUCGUCAAGUUCAUUCUCGAUAUGAAUAGGGAUCUGUACUUUUUGAAUAUCAACAAAAGUACUAUGUGGAAAUCGAUGUUUGAAAGUCGAGCUGAUUUACCGCUUUCUGAAUGA